AUGUACACUCUGGCAACAAUUAUAACGUUGGGCAAAAUGAAAGGACACGAUACCGUUAUAAUCAGUUAUACAGAUUAUCGAGCAGAGCAAGAUUUUUCGAGAGCAGAGGAGCCUCUACCCCCUGAGAUCAGCCAAUCAAAUGAAACAAGUUCCCAUUUGGAUCCAAAGGCCAAUAUUGAGUUGCCGAUACUUGAUAGAAUUCCUAUUCUGUUCAAACAGUGGAAAAAUGUAGCUCUGGCAACUCUCAAGAGACGGAGGGAAUAUGUUAAGAGAAACUUUUUGAAGGACUUUUUUCUGGGUAAUACCUUUAAAUAUCCAUUCAUUGGCCUUAUUUUAAUUUCUACGCACAGAGUGUAUUGGGGGCAAUUGUUAAUUUUUGGAGUUUGUUAUUUGAUAAUUUUUUUGACAAUUGGUAUCUUGUACUAUACAAUUAUUAUGCCUACAGUUUUGGCGUGGGCAAUAGUGGCUUUGGGACCUUUAGGUGUCAUAAUAGUUAACAUUCAAUGGCUCUUGCAAACUAAUGCUCUGACGGCAAUGGUUUGUAGAAAUAUUGUUCUCACACCUAUUUAUAAUAAUAUUUUCGAUACGACGCUAUAUUUGCAUGGACAACAUGAGUUCCUAAGGAGUGCAAAGUAUAUUAAAAUAUCUCCAAAACAAGAAUUCAAGGCAAAUUGGACAAUGCCUGAGUUUUGGAUUUUUUCACUACCAACAUGGUGUGUUAGCAUAUUGAGAAGUAUACUUAUCCUGCUUAUAAUAUCUUCGAUAUCGGUUGUUCCAUUGAUUGGUCCAACUAUUGCAAAUCAAUUGAUAAGUGGUAGAAGAGCGUUUUCAUAUAUGGGAAGAUACUUCACAUUGAAAGGUAUUAGCAAAGAUCAAGCAAAAGAUUUCCAAUAUGAACAUAUAGGUCUCUUUCUUUCAUUUGGGAUGGCGGCAGGUUUUCUUGAGAUGCUUCCUUUAGUUUCAAUCUUCACCAUAACUAGCAAUACAGCUGGCGCUGCUAGAUGGGGAGUCGAAUUGAUAAAAAAGCGCUCUUGA